AGCAUUAAAGCUUAUUAGAAGUAUAUUGGUAAUUUGUGGAUUGUGUAUAGACUCUGAUAAUCCACAUCAGGGACGACUAACAAAUUGUGUGAUUUUUGGAUUAUUGAGCGGCUUUCUGAUAAUAACUUUGGAAUACAUUUAUUCUCAUUUCGAUGAUCGUGCAAAUGCACUUUAUGCAAUUAUGCAAUUCGUUACAUUCGCCACUGUUUGGACAUGUUACAUUUGUUUUGCACAUCAAAAGGCACGAACCUUUGAAUUUUUGAAAAAUCUUCAGGAAAUCGUUGACAAUCAUUGUAAAAGAAAGGUGCAAUAUGAUUUUUAUGAAGAAGCCGAACGAAAAUCCCAUGGAAUCACCAAAUGGCCACUGUUAAUAUUUUUUGGUGCAUUUUAUGGUGUAAUCCUAAUAUCUGUCAUCGACAUAAUCGUAUCCGAUUUAAUUUUCGGCGAUUUACAUCCUGAAAAUUGGUAUACAUUUUACAAAAUGACCAUUCCUUUCGAUCGUGGCAGUGUGUCUGGUUUCAUUGGUUACUUCAUCAUUCAAUUUGUCUUGCUGCAUUGUUAUUAUGCUGGCUUAAUACCUUGCUUCUCGUUUUUCGUUGGCACUUGCCAUUAUUUGGAAGCCUGUUGCAAUGAUUUGAGUGAAAAAUUCAAUGAAACUGAUAAGGAGACCGCAAGCAUUCGAAUCAAAACAAAAUUGAUUGAUAUCGUGACAUUUCAUAUUAAUGUAAUUGAGCAAUUCAAAUUGCUGACCAAAAUCUUUAGCGGUGUUAUUUUCUAUCAGUUGUCAUGCGGGUCAGCAUUUAUUUCUACAACACUCUUUCAAUUGGAUUUGGCUUGGGGAACAUUUGAUGGUAAUUUUUUUGUAAUCAGUUGUGUUGUGGCGCUGAGCAUAAUGUGCAUUUUGCCAUACUGUUGGUUUGCUUCGGUACUAUCUAUACGAUUAUAUAAAAUCAGUCAUGAUGCUUACAACUCCCGAUGGUAUACGAAUUCGUUGGCGUAUCAUCCAUACACGCGAUGGAUCAUAAUCUAUGGUCAAAUUUCAAGAAACUUUGAUGGAUACCACAUUUUUAAAUGCGGACUGGACGUUUUCAUGAAGAUUAUUAAGGCAUCUGGAUCAUAUUAUUUAAUGUUGAAAAGCUUUUAAUGUUUUGAGAGUUAUUUG